UGCCGGCAGUGCAGUAGACCGAGGCAAACAUCGAGCCAGCCGGCGAAAGGCCCAUGCAAUCCCAUGGGUGCCAACCGUGGUGGAGCAGCGAGGAGAGGGCAAGGCAGAGGAGGAAGAAGAAGGUGGCCGGUUUAAUAGGCAGAUUCAAUGGGUAAUAGAACGAGAAAACCGGGCCGGAACAUGGUUCGGAAAAUUCAACCAAGAACCGGUUCAAAGCCGGUCUAUCGUACCAUUUGACGGGCGGUUCGAGAGAGCUAUGGAAACUGGAACCGACCGACGUCGAGGCAAUCGUUCGUCGUCGUCUCCGUCUCCUUUUUCCUCCUGCGUAUCUCCGUGAUUCUGGAUACUUCGUCUUCUACUCCGCCGCCGUUUUCCUACCGCAGCGUUGAAGCUCUAUAAGACUUCCAUAUGGGCAGGACAAAAAAGCAGGGUGUCUUACGAGCCAACCAAGCAAUAUAUCAAGGGGCAACACUUCGUGAGGAGAACACUGGUGUAAAACAAGUGGACGUGAGUUCUAUCUUGAGGAUGCAGCAUCUUCAGCGUUUGGCAACAUGGGCUAGUAAAGAAGCUAGAGUGGCUCCUCUUGCUGCAUUUUUGGGAGAACGGUUGGCUUCUAAGGCAGAAGCUUCAGGGAUUCCUCUGGACCCAUCAACUCUUCUUUGUGAGAGAUGUGAAACCAUCUUGCAGCCUGGGAACAGCUGCAGUGUACGAAUAGAAAAAGUUACCAACAAGAGAAGACGACGGGUUAAUAAGUCACGAUUUCCCCGACAGAACAAUGUAAUCUACACAUGUCAUUUCUGUUCUCACCGUAACCUAAAACCAGGCACUGCAAAAGGCCAUGUCCAUGCUCUAUUGGAUGCACAUCCAGGUCAUACCUCUUCAAGAUCAAAUUCCUAUGGCCCCAUGAGUGAGAUAAAAGGCGACUCUGGUGUGGCCACCAAGGUGCUUCAACAUGAUGCUGCAGCAGGAUCUGUUGAACCGGAACUCAACUCUGGGUUGAACUCUAGCGGUCCUGAUACUAAUGCUGCAGCUGGAUCUGUUGCUACCAAGAGCCCCGUUACUCCACUAAUGAAGCUGAUCAAUAAAUCCAACAAGAAGAGGAAGAAGGCUGAUGACUCGACAACCAACAACAGUUUGGCGACUGCUGAUUCGGGACGAGCGAUUGGAGGCUCUAGCAAGCGGCGAAGAAAAGGAUGGUCUAGCUUGAAGGAGAUCGUUGAGAGCAGCGAGUCAAAGAACGACAGAAGUAUUAGUAAUCUUGCUAUUCCAUUUCUUCUCGCUUAAUCGGUGCUGCUCUCUAACUUUUCUUUAAUCAAACAAGCAAGAAAAACAAUUAAAAUGUAGAUAUGCUGUCAGUCUCUUGUAUAUAGUUUCUAAUUGUAGACAAGCAAGAAAAUCAUUCUGACAUCCCAUCAGAGAUUUGUAACAUGUUUUCUAACUGCAGCUUUCUUUUUCUCAAUCUCUUGUAUAUAGUUUAUAAUUCUAAGAACACUUGGUUUUUUCC